GGUGGCCGAGCAGCUAGUGGGCAGUUGGCGCCCCCCACUACUCAAGCCUCCGCCCCAGAAACUAGCCGCGCACCGCACCGGCUCACCAUGAUCGCCACCGGUGGCCUACUGAGGAUUUCCGCCAGAAAGCAGGAUCCCCUCCGGCCCCCAAGCCAGGUCCCCAAACGCAAGCGGAAAGCCAAGAAAAGGCGCAAGAACGACGUGGUGGUGGUAAAAGGCAAGCUAAAGCUGUGCUCCAUCUCGGGGCUCAUUGCCCUCUGCGGGAUCCUGGUGCUGCUGGUGGGCAUAGCCAUGGCGGUGGUGGGCUACUGGCCCAAGGCCAACGGGGCCAAUAGGGAAGGGGGUAAGCAGCUGCCGCCCGCAGCCAGCGGCCACCGCGUCCCGACCACGGCCAGUAGCAGCAGCAGUGGGAGCAAAAACCGGUCCAGGAGCCACCUGGGGACUCCGGGGGGUGUCAACUCCAGUUCGGUGGGUGCGCCCCGAAGCACCCCUCCAGCGCGGUCAGCCUCCCCUUCGUCCUCCUCCUCGUCCGUGGGUUUCUUCUUCCGCAUCUUCUCCGGAUACCUGCACUCCGACAAGCUCAAGGUCUUCGGGCCCCUCAUCAUGGGCAUAGGUAUCUUCCUCUUCAUCUGCGCCAACGCCGUGCUCCACGAGAACCGAGACAAGAAGACCAAGAUCAUCAACCUGCGGGACCUCUACUCCACCGUCAUCGACGUGCACAGCCUCCGCGCUAAAGACCUGGCGGCCGCCGCGGCUGCGGCCGCCGCCGCCGCCUCCUCGUCCUCCGCCCCCACCUCGGCGACCCCCGGAACCGCGCCGCUCAACGGCUUCCUCAGCUACGUGCAGUCGCGGGGCCUGGAGCUGAAGCCCGGGAGCUGCGGCGGCGGCUCAGGGGACGCCUUCGGGGCGGCGGCGUUGCUGGCCAGGGGCUCGUGGCCUCACCCCGCGGCGCUAGGCGGGGGCGGUGGCGGGGCCAAGGAAGCCGCGUCCCCGCCGGACCUGGCCUCGUCUCCGCGCUGCCCGCGGGAGUCCCCGAGCCUGACGGAGGCCGUGUACAGCAUCUACCGCGAGCGCUCGGGCGUGGCUGGCCGUCGCCGGGCCGCCGCUGCUGCCGCCGCCGCUGUGGCCGCUGCCGCCGCCGCCACCGCGGCCGCCAGCAGCGGCGGCAGCCCGGCGCCCUGCAGCCCACCCGAGAGCUGGGGGCGCCAGAGCACCGCCAGCUCCCUCGUGGGCUCUUCGCUGAGCGCCUUCGCGUUACUACCCUUGCAAGGGGACCGCGACGGGGAUGGGGACGGGGACGCGGAGGGCUUGAGCUGCAGCUGGCAGAGGCCGCCUGGGGAACGCGGCUCCCGGGAGAUCCCAAGGGGCGAGCUCGACCUGAGCUUGACCGACCUCCGCGGCGCCCCGGGCUGCUCGCGUUGGGCGCCCAGCGAGCUGGAGGAGCCCGAGGGCGCGGCGGCGGCGGCGGCGGCGGCGCGCACCGCCAGGGGGCAGGGUGGCCGCCUGCCCAGGACCGGCAGGUACGCCGCCCUGCGGCGCCGCAGCACUAGCGGGCUCCCGGACUACCGGGCGCCGCCGUCCCCCGAGCCCCCACCCUCCCCGCGCUGCGCGGAGCUGGACUCGAGCCUUCUGGCCCAAGCUGCCUCCCCCUCCCCGCCCCUGCGGCUGGAGGACUCGCCCCCCGCCAGGCCGGACUCGCCGAGCUCCCAGUCGGACGACCCUUCCUGCUGCAAUAAGGGCUACAGCCCCCUGCGGGAGGCUGGCACCUCUUUGGAGUCAGUUGUGCAAGCAGUAGCCAGUAAAAGUCCAGACUGUGAGGCCGCCACGGCCCCGGGUGCGGAGCCGAGCCCCCCGGAGGAUCCCAGCCAAGGGCCACCUAAGGCCCAGCCACCUCAGCCGGUGCAGAGGCAGUUUACAAACAAGGAGAAACUCUUUAUGAUUUCCCGGUCUCAUGCCAUAGGGGUAGAGGAUGGAGAGCUGGAAAGUACUGGCAUUUAGGGCAAGAGAGAGCAAGGGGGCGGGGGAGGGGGGGGGAAGGAGUGAGAAAACUGGGGAAAUGCCCACUCCAAUCGGCGAAUUUAACAUUUCCCUCUUUCCCUGUGGACUCAUCCGAGGAAAUCGUCCAAUACCCAAAGAGCUGCAGAAUGUUAUCCUUGAAUUGCGUUCACAAGAUUCCUGUAGAUAACUCCAAGCAAAAUUUUUUUUUAAAGCCAGCUAGUCUUUCAUGUCCGAUGGUGAUUGUACGUUCCAUGAAAACCAAAUGUAUUAAAAAGUCAGCAAUCUAGUUCAUUAGAUAAAAUUCUCUUAAUUUUCUUAGGAUCAAAAUAAUAUAUUUUUGACAGUAACUGUGCACUUUACUCCAACUUCCCACCCCCCCUUCAUUUCCCUAACCCUGUACUCUGCUGCUGGUUUUGUCCAUAGCUGCUUGUGAAUGACAAGCUUCCUUUCUCUUAUGCUUUUGUGGAGCAUGGAAGGGGUUGUCCGCAGUUCUUUUAGAACUGACCUUACUAGAGGAAGUCAAAGCCAGAAGCAAGAGUAUGUCAGGAAAGAGCACUUUCCUUGCCCUACCCCACACUGCUCCAAUAGCCCAAAGGCCUCUUUAUUUUUUAAAAGGGUAUUUACAUUUUGCUACUAGGGUAUCUGAUGGAGAAGGGGAGGGGCAGCAUCUAGAUGGACUGUUACAUUCCCAAAUUCACUCUACCAAGUACACGAUACUUUCUUGAGUAUUAUCACACGUGUAUUGCCAAUAGUGUUAUUAAAAAUCUUUUUUUAAUAAAAGAAGUUUCCAAACAAACAGUUAACCAUAAUAUUGCCUCCUUUUGCCUUGGAACUAAUGCUUCUAACACAUUAAACAUUUAACAGUUCAGCUGGUAAAAUCUAAAAUAUUUUGCUAUGACACUGUACUAUGAUAGUAGGUAUCCGCCCCCAAAGUGCUCUGUGCUAUCAUGACUCCAUCCAUUUCCAGUAUAUUUUUAACUUUUAAAUACAGGGUAGUAUUGAACAUUUGGGAGUUUCUCUUUCAAAUAGAAUGAGAUAUUAAAUAAAUAGUAAUUUUCUAUAAUACUUCUAGUUUACCUCAAAGUAUUAAUUUAUGGAGCACCAGGCUUAAUGGCCCCUUUUCAUCCUCUUGGAUUUGACUUAUUUGGUUUUGAUUUUAAGUUCAUGAUCUCAAAUCCAUGGCCUACAUAGGCUAAAAAGAUAAUGUUUUAAUAAUUUGGGAGAUUGUUUACAGUUGAUUUUAUUAAAAGUCAGCUACUUAUUCUUUAAGAAUAGUAGACGAGGUACCAUUUGGAUGCCUCUUCCUUUGAAUGUGAGAGCCGAGAAUCUCCAGAAUGGUAUUACUUGCUUUGGGCCAUUUGGAAAUGAGGCCUCAUUGUAGGAGGUUAAAAUACAGAUUUUAAAGGAAAAAACAGCCAAAGAUGUCAUGUUUGGUCUCCCUGGGUGAAGCAGUGAGUGGGUCCAGUGGAAAGAGUGCAGAUUCAGGAGUGAGACUAGACCCCAGCUCUCAGCAUUUGCUAGCUGUGUAACUUUGAACAGAAACAAAUGCUGAGUCUCAGUCAUUCGAUCUAUGAAAUGGGGAUAAUGAGACAUACCUCAUAAAGGUAUGAGAGUGUUGGACAAGGGGUUAUAGGUACAGAGCAGAGUACCUGGCUCAGAGUGUGUACUUGGUAAAUUGUUCCUGUAAUUACUAUUAUCAUUAUAAUAAGUUGUCUGCAUGCACUAUAGAAGAGUAACCCUUCCUUCAACUUGAGCUCAAGAAAGCCUGGCUAAAAUCUGGAAUAUCCACUUAUUAUCUGCAUAACCUUAGACAAAUCACUAAUCCCUCUGGGCUUCAGGUGGAUGAUAGAAUCUCUCUGAUUGCCUUCAGCUCUAGAAGCUUUACUUCAAUUCAGGGUAUUUGUUUUGUCCUAGAUAUAAUCAUAUUUGUACAUACAACUUUGCAAAGUGAAUAUACUUCAUAAACUACCAUUUAGUGUAACUUUGAAAGGACCUAAUUUAUUUCCAGAUUGGAUCUGCAUUAAGCUAUUAACUCACUUUAAAGCUCUGGACUAAUAUAUUUGGUUCUUCUAUAUAGCAUACAUGAGCUUCCACUGGUAAGAGUGACAAGCAAGUGUAAUGAUACCUCCAGGCAGUGUUAAAUUUCAAGCGUCUCUAUUGUUUUAUCACACUCCCCCCAAAUUUCUAAUUUCCUUAGUUUCUUUUCUCCAUCAUCUUGCAUAUUGUGUAAUACACUGGGUUUGAUGGGCUGUUUUAAAGGGAAAACAGGGGCACCUGGGUGACUAAGU